AUGAAGAAGCUGAACAAGCACAAGCUCGAAAGACAGUUGUUCAAGAAGAGGAAGCUCAAGAGAGCUCUAGUAAUGAAGAUUCAGAAGAAACUUUAUCUGAAUCUGAACUGGUCAAAGAGACAGUGGGAAAAGGAAAGAAAGAAAAGAAAAGCUGCUCGCACCGGUGAUAUUCCAAGAGUGGUUAGAGCAAAGAAGCAGAAUGCUGAAUCACAAAAAGAGAGGGAAGGCAAGAAGAAACAGGACACUGCUGAAACUAGUCCUGUAGUUGAGAUACCAAAAGAAGUUCCAUCCACCGAAAUUCCAAAGGAAACACGAGCUUCAAAUGAUGAUUAUGUGGAGAUCACCGAAAUCAAAUCUGCUAAACAAACAUCUGAUUGUCAUGGUAUUCCAGAAUCAUCACAACGAAAGACAGAUUAUUUCAGCUUAGAUUUUGAUAGCUUUGGUGGAGCUACUGGAGAUUUCUUUAAAGAUAUGCCAGAUAGUGAAGGUGACUUAUUUCAUGAUCAAAAGAUGAAAGAAUUGGAGGAAAAGGUUAAAGCCUUGGAAAAAGAGAAGGAAGAAAACGAAGCUGUGCAAAUAAAGUUGAAGGAAAUGAUUGAUGAGUUGGAGAAACGGCACGAAGACGUAAUGGAUGCAGUGCUUACAAAAGAUGAGAAAUUGAAAGAAAUGAAGGAAGAUAUAAAAGAUAAUGCAGAACUUAUUAGUGCACUUACUGAUGAAAUUGCUGCGUUGAACGCCAAAGUCAAAGACUUGCAGAAUAUCAAUCAGACUUUGAAUCAACUCAUAAAUGAGAUGAGUGAAGCUUCGACAAAUGAAAUGAAGGCAAUGAAGCUAGAGAUGGAAGCUAUGAGAGCCGAUAAGGUGAUGAAAGAUAAGCAACUUGAAAUGCUUACGGCUGUGAUUGAAGCACAUCUGAAGGUGAACAUCCACGAGGCUUUUGAUCAAGUUGACAUUAUCAAGGCAAAUGAAAGAAGGCAAGAAAGAGAAAGACAGCUUGCUGAAGAAGCUAACCUGAAAAAUAAAGGUAUAGCAGAAGAAGUUGAAGUUGUUGGAUCUUCACAAAAUCAACUUGAGGUAGGUGGAUCAUCUUCUCAACCAGAAAUUGAAAUGCUGGAUGCUCAAGAUGUUACAGUGAAUGAUGAAGAAAUUGGUGGAUAA